AUGCGUGCCAUUCUGAAUGUUAGAAAAUAUGUGGGUUUUAAUACUGACCUAUGGAACGAACUGGCAGCCAAAGGCAGAUUCAUGUGUGGGGCUUUUUACCAAAGACUCAAUGCUGGCUCGAUUUUACCCUGGAGUGACUUAUGUUAUCACAACCCUGCAAGACCCUGUGCAGUGAUAAUUCUUUGGCUUUUGUGUCAUGAGAGACUUGCCACCAGAAGAAGGCUUUUACGGUUUGGUUUUAUGCAGAGUGAUACAUGCAGCUUCUGUACUAACGCAGAGACUGCUAGCCAUCUAUUCUUUGAUUGUUUAGAGUUGAAAAAAAUCUGGAGUGCUAUCCUUGGAUGGAUUCAGAUUCAGCAUACCCCUGGAAAAUGGGAGGAAGAACUACCUUGGGCUCUUAGCAUUUGUAAGGGGGAGGGUUGGAAAGCCAAGCUGGUUAAAUUGGCCUUGACUGAAACAGUAUACGGGGUAUGGCAUCAUAGAAACCGUAUUUCUUUUGGCCAUGCUAGCAACAUGAACCACAUCAUUGAUGAUAUUCUUGAGAAGAUUGUUUAUAGAGGACGGUACAAAAAAAUGCUUAAACCUCACAUUGCUACACGAAUGUUAGGCUGA